GAUAUUUAGAUAUGAAAGUGAUGAAGAAAAUGACUAUUUCCAGUGCAAGGAAAUGUGAUGUCCUUUCAGUCAUGUCAAAGCUAGAGAACUGCUUCACUGAUCUACACUGCUCUGGGUACAUCAGCCCAUUGUUUUAAAGGAACAUAUGAUGGAUGUUUGGCGUUCAAUGAAAUGACCUUUGUCUUUCUGGUCACACCCUUGGCUUUGACUAAAACCGACAUGCCCUCACAUCAUUUGAGCAGAACCAUUGUUUAUUCACUCCUUUCUCUCUUCUGUUCCCUGCUGCUGUUUGUCAGAAUAGAAACAACAGUGUAAGCACUCUCAUUCUAGAUUUCUCUCUGUCCAUCUCUUUUGUCCUGGAAUUCACAUUUUGUUUCAAAGGGCACUGAUGGCCACAGAGAACCACUCGGAGUGGUAUUCACUCAAAUUAUAUCACACUAUUUAUUGUGGUAGUUCUCAGUCUAUUGUGGAUGAUCCGGUAUAGAGCUGAACCCUGCAGGCGAGGAAGAGUGCCACUGGAUAGGCCAGUACCAACUUUCUGAAAGGCCAGGUGGUGUUCAGUCCUCUCUGGGUCAUGCUGUGUGGCUGAGUUCUAUGCUCUAGCUGAAAUGAGGUUGGUGAUUUUGGGGUCACGGCCCCUCUUGGCCUUGACCCUCACACUCACCCUCAACUGCCUAACGCACCUAUGCCACGGAGCCACACCCUUUCCUCAGGACCUAGAGCCAAUCAGCAUCGUCGGCAGUGAAUACACCUACCUGUACCCCAGUUUCCAGGGGAACAUGUCAGAUAACGACACUGCCAGACUGGGGCUGGAUUUUCAAAGGAUGCUGCGGAUUAACCACAUGCUCUAUAUUGCUGCCAGAGAUCACGUUUUUGCCAUUAACCUCAGUGCUUCAAUGGAGCGUAUCUACCCCCAACAGAAACUGACAUGGAAGACAAAGGAUGUGGAGAAAUGCACAGUCAGGGGGAAAAACAGCGAUGAGUGUUACAACUACAUCAAAGUGCUGGUGCCACGCAACGAUGAAACACUCUUUGCAUGUGGAACAAAUGCGUUCAACCCCACCUGUCGCAACUACAAGAUGUCAUCUCUGGAGCAGGACGGAGAGGAAGUGGUUGGUCAGGCCCGCUGCCCUUUCGAAUCACGCCAGUCCAACGUUGGCCUAUUUGCUGGUGGUGACUUUUAUUCAGGCACAAUGACUGAUUUUCUUGCAAGUGAUGCAGUGAUUUAUCGAAGUUUAGGAGAAAGCAGUCCUGUCCUGAGAACUGUAAAAUAUGACUCAAAAUGGCUACGAGAACCUCAUUUCCUUCAUGCCAUUGAGUACGGAAACUACGUCUACUUCUUCCUUAGUGAGAUUGCAGUGGAGUACACUACCCUUGGGAAGGUGGUGUUCUCCCGAGUCGCUCGCGUGUGUAAGAAUGAUAACGGCGGUUCUCCACGAGUUCUAGAGCGCUACUGGACGUCUUUCCUGAAAGCUCGGCUGAACUGUUCAGUUCCGGGUGAUUCAUUCUUCUACUUUGAUGUUCUUCAGUCGUUAACCAACGUCAUGCAGAUUAACCACAGGCCUGCGGUGCUGGGCGUAUUUACCACUCAAGCCAACAGCAUCACCGGUUCUGCAGUGUGUGCAUUCUACAUGGAUGACAUCGAGAAAGUCUUUAAUGGGAAAUUUAAGGAGCAGAGAAACAGCGAGUCAGCCUGGACACCAGUUCCUGAUGAAAUAGUGCCCAAACCCAGGCCAGGAUCAUGUGCAGGUGAUGGCCCUGCUGCUGGUUAUAAGUCCUCUACCAAUUUCCCUGAUGAGACACUUACUUUCAUUAAGUCUUACCCACUAAUGGAUGAAGCUGUGCCUUCUGUCAACAACCGACCAUGCUUCACAAGAACCACCAGCAGGUUUAAGCUGACCCUGAUUGCAGUGGACACGGCCGCUGGACCUUAUAAAAACUACACUGUUCUGUUUCUGGGUUCGGAAAACGGACGAGUUCUGAAGAUUCUCGCCAGCACACACCCAAACUCCACAUACAGCACCCAGGUUUUGGAGGACAUAGAUGUUUACAACCCCAACAAGUGUAACGUGCAAGGUGAGGACCGGAGGAUUCUCGGAUUGGAGUUGGAUAAGGACCAUCAUGCCCUGUUUGUAGCAUUCUCAAGCUGCGUGAUACGCGUUCCGCUCAGUCGCUGUACUGACUAUGGUGUCUGCAAAAAGAGCUGUCUGUCCUCGCGAGACCCCUACUGCAUCUGGCUGAGUGCAGGGAACUGUGCCACAGUGGCGCCGGGACUCAAGUCUGGAUUUGAACAGUAUGUGGAGAGUGGAUAUCUUCAGUACCCAGACAGCUGUCAUGAUGUCAUGGCCACGACACGCAAGCAAAACCCUGCAGUGGACUCUGCGUACGGAAAGACCUCGCCCACAAGUGCCACCACAACCAAUCAGGGGCCAGCUCUGCCUAAAGUCAAAGGUGUCCCUGAGACAGGUACCCACCCCGAGGAGGGGAGGCGGGGAGGGCAGGGUUCUCCUGACUUGGAGCCAGUCAGUGUGGAGAUGGAGGGAGUGCGCCGACUCCCUGAGGUAGAUAAGUCCAACCACAGUGUUCACUACACUCUGCUGAUUGCAUGUGUCUUGGUGGCGUUUGUCUUGGGCGCUUUCCUCUCCGGUUUCCUCGUUUCCUGUUAUUGCAACCACAACGUUAACAAGACCAAGAGGCUAUCUAAAGACCCAGAAGCACCAAUCCCUCAUGCUCUAUCCCUGCGCAGCCUGGCCAAGCUCAACGGCUUGCUAGAGAGUCAAAGCAAAGAUGAUAAGCUUGAGGUGUCUUCACCGAAACUCUACAACUCAUUUUUUGCCAACGGAAAAGAACAGGCACACCGCAGAAAUGCCCACCAUGCUGCCAUGACAGAGCUCAUUCACCCUCAUCAUCACCACUCGCCAGAGCUCUCUGGCUUGCCUACACCCGAUUCGACACCAGAGCUUCCGAUCAAGAGCAUGAAGGCAUUCAAGAACCAAUGGGAGAAGAAUCAAAACUGCAAUAAUGCAAAAGAACCCAAAUGCCAUAACAUGGGUGCUUCUCGAACCACCUCUGGUAUCCAGCAUCAGAUAUUCCCCUUCUCCCAUGGACUGUCCAAUGGACAGGUACUGGGUGGUUCAGCGCACCUUGAGGAAUGUAAAGUCCACAAUGCAGAGCGUUUGGUGAGUCAGCCAUAUCACUGUUACCCGCACAAGAUUGUGGAUGUCACCUCACUUGAUGAACUACUGAAACACAUCCACGAAAUCAACGUGGCCACUGGUAAAAGUCCCACUGUCCUCACUUCCUCCAUGUCGGCCAGUGCCAGUCAGAUGGCAUUUGCAAACCGUGUACAGCCACAAAUCCCGGAAACAGAGUCCGCACCCUAUUACAGUUCCUCCACACUGCCUCGUGACAGUCUCACUCGUCGCAUGGACAUCCCACCUGAUAUUCCUCCCCAUCAUCAGUCCACGCUAGUGAGGGUGUCACGUCACCCAUCCCAACGCCAUUCGCUAAUAACAACACCCAAGAUGACCAGCGGUGGGGUGGUGCCAAGGCAACACAGCUUCAACCAGCAAAGCUCCCAUCAGCCCCUCCUACUGUCCCGAAUGAACUCUAAUGGCAGCAGUUCGGGUUGCGACGUGAGGCACCCGCUGAUCCCGAAUGGAUAUCUAACGCGCCAACACAGCUACAGCGAGCAGCCGGAAGUCCACCGUGGAGCUAUCGUCCGCCGGACAGCCUCGCUCAAACCCAACGUCCCGCCCAAACCUCUGUUCAUCCCUGCCAGCUCACCUGUCAACCAGGCAGGAAAGUUCAACUACUGAACGACAGAGAAGAAAAGCCUGUGGUUUUUCUUAAAGGCAACUCAACCUCAUUGUGAAAACUUUGUGAAUGUGGACAAGGGGUAUUGAAAGAAUUAUAAACUGCCUUUAUGAGAAGAAAAUCCUCUAGAGAUUGGCUGCCAGUGUUGUCAACUUUACAUUUGAACUAUAACCUGUUUUUCCUCAGUUUCAUUAAUAUAUUUGUACCAUAUUGGUAUUGCUCAGCUAUUGGCCAAUAGGAAGGGAGGAGCUAUGGGAGUACGCGCCCACAUAGAUGUAGGCUGCCGCAGUGAUGACUGUGUGGCUUUACAGUGUUGCUUUGGACUGUCUAGACAGGCAUUACUGAAGUUCUGGACCUGAACUUUUAUCCAAACAAGUGUAAACAUCUUUGUCUGAUAUUCUGAUCUUUCUUGCUUUGGCUAACUAUUCUGUUGACGUAGAGUUGAUGAACUGUGAUGAUCCCAAUUAGAAACAUGUAUAUAUGCAUGUGUGUGUGUGUAUAAAUAUAUGUAUGUGUGUGUGUGCGUGUGUUCAUAUCUGCACAUAAUAUGUGUACAUAUACAUGCCUAGUGUGUGUAUCCAGAUUGCCAAAAUGGUUGAACCCCUCAAAAAGUAUUUCCUUAGCCUUAUUUUUCAAGCAAAUGUCCUGUUGAAAUGCCCACACUACUGGUACAGUUUUCUGUGAAAUCCAUAAGCAAUAAUAUCCACCCCGUCCUGCCCACCAGUGCAAUGCUGCUCAGACACAAACUCAAUCAAAUUAAAAUUCUGAUUAUGAAAAGCUAAUCUAGAGAAUCGAGAGGCUAGACAAAUGGUUCCAUCACAACAUUCAGACCCCAAUGAGGUGAAUAGGUUCUAGUGUAAUGAAGGAUAUGUAUGUAUAUACCCAAGAAGAAUGUAUUUGUUUAUAAGUAGCAGAAACCUUGUGAGGUGCUCUAGUAAUUACCCCCUCUGUCUCCUUUGUUAAAAUCAACAAUCUUGUUAAAUCUAAGAUUCUAAAUAAUCUCCUAUAGAAGAAUCGUUGCACACCAUUUCUUAACCAGACAUGAUACCAUAAAGUGACAAGUGAUAAUAAAAGCAAUGCUCCACAUAUAUUAAACAUCAGAUACGUUUUGAUUGUCUGAAUUUCAUUUUUUAGUGUGGACAGAAAGAUUACUUGUUACUGAAACCUUGUCAGUUCACAUCUUU